CAUAUUUCUUUGUUUCUUAAGAUUUUUGAAACAAAGUUUUACUUUUUUAGUCAAAAUUGACGAACAAAAUGGAAAAUGUAAAUAAAGUUAUCAAUGAUUUUUGCACCAAAGGGUUUGCAGUGAUUCCUCACUUCUUGGAGGACAACGAAACGGAACUCUUGAAGAAUGAAUGCAAAACUCUAAUCGACAAAAUGGAUUCGCGUGAAGAACACGCCGUCUUCUCGACGGGAGACGAUCAGAAGGCAAACCAUUAUUUUAUGACUUCUGCCGAUAAAAUCCGAUACUUUUACGAGAAGAAUGCCUUCAAUGCGAGUGGAGAUCUGGUGGUCGACAAGUAUUUGUCACUCAACAAAAUCGGUCACGCAUUGCAUUGGUUAAGCCCUGCCUUCAAAUCGGUUACAUUUAGCCCAAAAGUCAAGCAAUUGGUUAAAAAUGUCGGAUUUGUAGAUCCGGUUGUCGUUCAGAGUAUGUAUAUAUUCAAGAAUCCAGGAAUCGGUGGUGAAGUGAUUCCACAUCAAGACGCGACUUAUUUGCAUUCAACGCCUGAACCCAAGUGUAUUGGAUUGUGGUUUGCCUUAGAAGACGCUACGGAAGAAAACGGUUGCUUAGAAUUUAUUCCGGGCUCACAUACGGACGGACUUCACACUCAAUGGAUUCGCACUAAUGAUGAGAACUCGUCGAUGAAGUUAACGAAAGAGAUGUCAGAGUUUGGGAAGAAAAUUGACGAAAAAGCCUUCAUUAAAGUUCCCGUCAGUAAAGGAUCAGCGGUUCUGAUCGAUGGACUUGUUGUCCAUAAGAGUGAUCUCAACCACACUUCGUCUGGUCGUCCGAUCUAUACCUUUCAUAUAUUCGAUCAAAAUAACAGAGUUUGGGAUCCAUUGAAUUGGUUGCAACCCUCACCUCAACUACCCUUUCCUUCCCUUUACGACAACUAA